AUGGCCUUCUUACGCCUUGCCAGCGCCACCAUUGUCGCUAUCACUGGCAUUGCACUCCAAGCCGCUAGCGUCACUGCUGGCGUCGUCUCGUACGACUGGCGAGUGACACCGGUUGCAACAGCUUUCAACGGAGUCCCCACCACCUCCCUUGGCAUCAACGACCGGCCUGCUCACGAAGCCGCCAUCGACGUGCAGCUCGGCCAGGACGUCGAGGUAAGCGUCACCAACGAACUCGAUGAGCCGACGUACCUGCACUGGCACGGUCUCCGGCAGUUAGGCGCCCAAGAGAUGGACGGCGUCCCGAAGAUCACGCAGUGCAACAUCGACCCCAACCGCACCGUGGGGUGCCUUCAUUUACCGGACCCGCAGUACAUCGACAGCGUCAGCGAAUUCGUCUCACGCCUCGACCUUGAGGGUGACGUUUCCAACAAUGUCCAUGUGUGGGGCAAAUAA